CUUGUGUCUUAAUAUCCUGGUCCGCGCUUAGUCCUCUUUGAUACCCUAGUCUCUCUAUUUACAAUAGGUCUUGACAUCGAGAGAAAAGGAUGUCGAUCGAGAACUAUGGUGAUUUUCAGAAGUUGCCGGAGGGUUGCAUAGCGAGCUUGCUAUCGUUUAUGAGCCCUAAGGAUGCUUGCAGGCUGUCAUCGGUCAAUUCUACAUUCCGUUCGGCUGCUGAAUCUGAUGUCGUCUGGGAGAAGUUUCUGCCGCCUGAUUGUCGUUACAUUAUUUCCCGAUCAAUUGAUGGUGCUGACUCGCUUCUCGCUAAAAUUCAUACCAAGAAAGAGCUUUAUUUUCACCUGUGUCAUAACCCUAUCCUCAUCGACGGUAGUACCAAGAGCUUUUCAUUGGAGAAAGGGACGGGAAAGAAGUGCUUUAUGCUGGCUUCAAGGGACCUCAUUAUAUGGGGUUGUCCACCCCGUUGGCAAUGGAUCUCUUUUCCCAAUUCCAGAUUUCCAGAGGUCGGAGUGCGUCUUGUUGGGUACUUGUUUGCAAUUUGUGGCAAGAUAAAUACCUCCAUGCUUUCUUCAGGAACUAAAUAUGCAGCUUACCUCGUGUUCACUUUGAGAUCAGGAAUUAAUGGAUAUGGGCACCAGCUUGCUCAGGCUUUGAUAGAAAUUAGUGGACAAAACGCUGAUGAACAAACUAACUAUUUACAAAUUGGACAAGAAGCUGAUGGUACAACUGUCUAUUGUCCAGAUGAAGAACAGAGGCAAAGGUGCCAGACUGUUCCUAGACCCAAAACUUUCUUGCAUUUAAUCUCUCAUGUAUUUAGACGGCUAGACAUCAUAGAGCCCUCAGAGUUGCACAGAUAUCCCAAGUUCAGGGAUGAUGGAUGGAUGGAAGUUGAGAUGGGAGAGUUCUUCGUCGAGGGGAAACAAGAUCAGGAUGUGAAAAUUAUAUCUGUGCCGUGGAAUCCAGGACUGUGGUGUAAUUGUUGGCAUGGUGGUCAUCUUAUUAUUCAAGGGGCGGACCCAGCCGUUUUGGAUUGUGGGGCCAAAAAUUAGAGUCGUGCUGUAGUGCCCGCAUGAACGACCGCGGAGUUGACACAACACACACAUGAGAUCGGGAUUAUUUUAUUCAUGGGGUUCCCGUUGGACAUGUGAGGGCACAGUCACUUGCGAGUUCAUCUUCGCGGGUUGUGUUUAGCUCCAAAAAUUAAUGUGUAAUUUUUUAAAACAAUAUAAUAUUUAUAAAAAUAAGUCAAUACGUAUUUUGACAUC